AUGAAUGGCUUCUAAUUACAGAGUACAGAUAAUGAAUGGAUAAGCCUAAAGUCUAAUUUAAUCGUUGUCUUAUUUUAAAGAUGACGAUUUUAAUUAGUACCACUGGCGAAAGAUGUGAAGAGGCAGAAGAGUGUUACAGAAUGGAAUAUCAAUGGAUGGGGGGUCAUGAUCCUAUCAGGAUUGAUUCCAACCUGGCUCAUAUUGAUUUCGACGAUUUUAAGAACGAAGAUCUUCAAAAUGCAUUUACCUAUUCCGUUCAGAGCAUUGGUGGGGAAAGUAGCAGUGGUACGGAUAUGUCUAUCUGCAAAUCAGAACAGCUUUUCUCUUCAUUUAAGAUAAAAGUAAACAAGAACGCGUAUACGUUGACCUACAGUGGGUUGGGAGCGUCGAUAAAUCAAGAGUAUCCGAACUCAGGUUCACUUCCAGAGGAUGGAAAGUACACAACCUGGUCCAACGUAAUGAAGCAGAGGUCUGUAGAGAAGGGAGAGAGGACGGACAAGAGGUCCUGGGACAGGCAGAGGGACAAGGACAAGGACAAGGACAGGGACAGCAGGGACAGGUCCCGGCCUGGAGAGGAGAAUAAUAAUAAUAUGGCGGACUCUACUAGGAAAUCAAGAAGUAUGCCGAAUAUAAGCAAGCCCCUCGUAAAGACAGCCUGGGCUGAAGAAGAAAAAUUUACAAGGGAGGCAAGUACUGAUGAACCUCGUCUAUUAAAUCUUUAUAUGAGAGGCAGAGGGGAUAGGAACAGCUGGAACGGCGAAGGAGGGGUUGGCUGGGAGGAGGGAGGGGGGAGGGAGGGGGUUCUUAGCCCUGCUACACUAGGGGGUAUGGGGGUGAAAGAAAAGGAUGCCAUCAAUGAAUACCUCAGAAAAUCUCGGUUGACCAGCAUUGAUGAGCACACUGAAGCAAGCAGUUCAAGUUCUGCUGAAGAAUCAACUGUUAGACCAAUUCCAACACCUCGACAGCGGAGCAUUACCUCGAUGAGUACCACACCCUCUGUACAAGGUACCUCCCUGCAGAGUGGACCGCCCCGGAGCACAUCUCCUUUCAACCAGACAAGCUCCUCCCCCUCCAUGCAGGGUGCAUCCUUCAUCUCCAAGAGAAGAUCAGGAAAUUUCCCAGAAUUAGAUUUUUUGGAGGACGACUGCGCUCUCUGGGACGCAUUUUUUACCAACAGUAGGACAGGAGGAAAACAUUCAAGCGUCCUCCGUCCUCAACUACCAGUGGAGGAUUAUCUCAGACGGGCUGGAUCUGCUUCGGUUAGGGACGUCAAAUCUCUAAGGGUUCUUCUUCCGGUCUCUCAAAAACAUUUGCUUCCCUCAAAACAAACCAAAUCUCCAAUAGCCCAGAUCCUUGGUAAAAUACCUCUACAUCGUUGGUUCAGACAAAAACAGGUGUGUGAAUCUCUGUCGAGGCUGAAUACUAGUCAAUAUACUCCUGAAAAGGAGUGCGGAGGCUCUGAGACCCUUCCAUUAGAAGUUGUUAAGGUUAAGGAGGCCUGGGCCCCCCAGCCUGAACAUAUACAGGCGUAUAUCAAACACUGGCAAAGGGAGAAUACUGGGGACAAUAACCUAAACCUGGUGAACAACAACGAGAGGUCCAGGGACGAGAUGAAAGAGGACGAGGGACGACAGAGUAGAACAAGGACGACAAGUGUACAGAGACGACUGAAGAGUGAGGAGAAGACUAUGAAAAGAAGAAGUUAUCAUCCACAGGAUGGGUUGUCCCAGUUAUUAAUGAGUCCAGGAGAUGUAAGACUCAGUUCCUUUAAAACAACAUCCUUUCCAAAGUCUGGAAGUCAAGGAAACCUGUGUGAUUCAUGGUCAGAUACUAAUCUUAGUCCAGCCCAAGAUACAGGAACAGGACGGAAGGACCGGAGUAUAUCAGCUGAAUAUCCCUUUAUCCCAUCUCUAUCCUUUAAUCCUCAUCAGCAAAAUAUCAACUUUGAUCUCACACAUAAACGAGGCUUAUUUCAAAACUUGUAUACAGCUGUAGAACGACUACUAAUGUUCCAGGACCCAUCCCCGUCCUAUUCUAACCGAUCAGCUGCUCGUUGUGUCCUGCUUCAUGAGUUCUGUCCUGCUCUUCAUGCAGUACUAGAGGACGGUCUAAAGGAGGAAGUAAUCACAUCGUUUGGUCGGAUGAAAACCAGUGUUUGGAGAGUGAUAGAGGCGAUAAUUCAGGCUGGUCCCGGUCAGCGGGCAACCUGUGACCUGGUGAUGCUCCUCAACACAAAAUUUUCCUCGGAGGAGGAUUUCAAGAAGUUCUCUGGAUUCAUCAUCGGCAUGCUCAAGUAAACAGACUUUAAACUUUUUCAUU